AGAAUACUGGUUGUGCACACAUUAAAAGGUUGAACCAGAUAUCGCUAUAUUAGAGAAUUUUUUACAAUAGAUCAUAGUUCCCGCAUGAAUCAACAUGUCUACCCAUUUUUUACUUGUUUGAAAAUUGCACCAGAUAUAUCGAUAUAUCUCGACCUGAUCAGAAGACACAACAGACAGUUAAAAACUAUAUGAACAUUCGGGGUUUCAAAGUUACUUAGGUCUUUCAUGGAAAAGUCAGAUAUUUAGACCAUCACCAAAGAGAGUGUUGCUUUUCCCUUAUUAGGUUAAUUUAAAGAAAGUCUAGAGAUCCGUGGAAUAUCACAAAUCAACUGAUAUUAGGUUCAGGUCUGAGGUCCGGCCGGACCUCUGUCAUCAAAGCAUUAUUUUUAAGUGCAGACAACGACAACACAUAAUAGCAUAGUCUAUUGAAUUUUAUCUGAAGAUUUAUUCGUUAAUUAUCUUUUAAAAAAUUGGUGCGGUCUACGUUGUAGUAUUGUAGGUUGAAGUAAGGGCCUCCAUGUUUCUCGGUUAACAUAUCAUUAUUCUGGUCGACAUUGACAAAUACACAAAUAAUAGGUAGGAUAGUGAAGAGAAGUAGAAUGAGGUAGAAUGUUUAUUCAAGCUCUUAUAUAUUUCUCUCCAACUUCUUACACUCAAUUCGUCUAUCACUUUGAAGACCACAAACUUGAGUUUUAAAAAAGUGACACAAAUAGCUCAGUCAAAUGUUACAUGUAACAAACAAAAAUGAAACCAUAAAAUGUUCAGAUAAAGAGCCCUUCGUGAUGAGACGUUACAGUGAACAGAAAAAUGUGUCAAUUAUCUAUUAUCUUGACAGAGAUCAUAACCCAUCGUUCAAACAACAGCGUCGGAGUUUUAAUAAUAUCACAAUUGUCCCAGUUGAAGAACGACAGAGACGUUUAUCGUUUCGAAGAGACAAUCAAAUUUCACUGGAAACAAUUCAGCAUGAAAUUAACCUGUCAAAGAAAACGCAUUCAUUUUGCUUGAAUCUACCAGUCAUUACAAUAGACAGUCGAAGAGUUGUGAGCAAACGUUCCGACAAUACUGUUCAUUACAGACCAAUGAGAAGCUGCAAUUUGAGUUAUGGAUUCAUUUUGUCUGAGGAGACUUCAAAUAAUGGAGACGAUGUUUCUGAUAAAUCCAGGAAACCUCGUUCAUCUGCUUCUUCAAGUUCAUCAGUAUCGAUAUCAGGAUCCGUGCCAGCUUCAACAUCAUCAUCAGCAUCAUUUAAUCAAAGAAAACAUGUAGUAAAAGAAUUAGUGAAAACACAAGUAGACUUUGUAUCAGAUAUGAAAAAUGUCUUGACUGCAUUUGAUUCUGUUGGUUUAACGGUUACUGAAUCCAAUCGAUAUUCAUUGUUGGGAAAUUUGGAUCAAUUGGUACGUGUUUCUGAUGAUAUUUCAACGGAGUUACAAAAAGAAAUAUCUACAUAUAGUGACGACCAACUUGGUAAUGCAUGUAUCGCUACAUGUAUAAAUUCGUUCAGAUUAUCUAUAAAUGAAGCAUUGAAGACGUAUAUCUUAAAUUUUUCAGUAGAUGCUUCAACAAAGAAUACAGAAAUUCAAACGUUUUCCGUGCUUGGUUUCAAAAAUCUUCAAAGCGAACGUCCAAAUAUAUUGACUUUAAAUGAUGAAUUAAUUAAACCAGUUCAAAGAUUAGUUAAAUUAAAACAACUGUUUGAAUCAUUGAAAGAUGUAACACCGAUAAAUCAUCCAGAUUGUUUGGCAACUACGCAGAUGUUCAAUAACUUUGAUCAAUUAGCCUAUGAAGUGAAUGAAGUCAAACGAUGGAAAGAGAUUUGUGCCAGUGUUUCUGAAGAAACGCGAAAAUAUUCCCUAUUUCAAUUAGUUGACAAGAGCACUAAAAGAAUAAUAGCAAAGGCUGCACGUAGCUCAGGCUCAGAAGCUACUCGUAAAAUUCAACAAAGAUUUCUAACAGAACGAGAAGCCAUAAAUCAUAUCGAGAAAUCAUGUGCGUUACUACAGAGUGCUGUUGAGUCUCGAUGUAAGAAAACUCGGAGAUUUAUAUUGGCACAAAAAGACUUUAUCUCUUUUAUGAAAAAAGUAUUUUUACAACGAAACACAAUUAAACUUCAUUCUGAUAUACCAACAACUAAUUGUUCAUCAAAUGAAUUACCUAUCGAUUUAAUAAUAAAUUGUGAAAUUGCAUUUGAUACAUUAAUUCAUUAUAUGAAUGAUAUAUAUUUGAGAAAAAUGUCAUCUAGUGUAGUUAAUCGUUUAAAUGAAUUGAAAAAAUUAAUAAAUCUUUCAAAGCGUCUUUUGGAUAAAUACGAUAAUACAGAAUUGAACAUUGUUUUAAUGGAAGCUUCAAUGAAAAACCAUAAAAAUGUUCAAGCUGUUGUUAAUAUGCAAUUACAAAGAGAAGACAAUAUACGAAAUCUGUCUACUUUACAGUUUGGACUACAACAUAUCCUACCUUCAUUGGUAAAAAGUGCAAAUAAUAUUUUAUUAUCAGCUAGUCAAUACGCUUUUAUACUUCAAUCAAAUCUUAUGCAAGAAGCUGAAAAUUUAGUUCACAAGUGUAUUAACGAUACUGAAAAAGACAAUAUAUCUAUACAACCUGGAUGUAACUUAUCUCCUGCAGAACUUAUUAUUCGUCUAGAUAAAUUAAAAUCUCUUCUCUACGAAAAAAAACGUUGUCGAACUCAUAGAAUAUAUGAAGUACCUAGUGUAUUUAAAUGGGAAGAAGAAUCAACGUGUAGUGACAAGAAUAAUUUACCUCAUCAGGAAUCUCAAAACAAAGUAUAUUAUGGAUAAUUGUUGAAUGAAUUUAGUCUUACGCCCAUUGGUAUUAUUGUGUUGAAUAAGCAUAACUGCAUGAUUAACUUGAGAAAAAGAACUUUGUAUUAGUUUAAUUUUGAGUCAAAUUGAAAGUUUCAAAGUAGUUCAUGUCUAUACAUUUUCCGAAUCCAGUAUUGUGUAAUGGAAACUGAAAAAUAUAAAACAAUUUAUCACAUUCUCCAUCUUCACACUUUGAUCUACUGUAAAUUUGUGUUUAAUUGGUUAUAUAUAUUUGACAAUUUCUUAAAUUUAUUUAGCUGUAAUGUCAGUUAGCAGUCAUCUAUCAAAUUCAGAUAUAGAUAUUCAACCCUGUCAAACAAUUUCAACUAGAAGUGUUAUUAAAAAUUCCUUAUCACCAUAUCCGGAAAUGAAAAUUAUUUAUCGUGAGUCUGAUUACCAACAGGAGAAAAAACUGUGCAGGAUUUCUUCAGGUGAUGACAUUAGAUAUAUAAGUGUGAAAGAACAACCUUCAACUUCAAAACUCUGUAUGAAUGAUGAUUUUCCCGAUAAACCAACUCACAGAAUUACUCAUGACUUUUCGUCUAAAAAUAAAAAUGUUCUAAUAUUGUCCAAAGGUCAGUUAGUGACAAUCAUAAGAUCUUAUGGUCAAAAUGGGAAUACUAAUUGGAGUUUAGUCAAAUUUCAUCCAUAUGGUGAAAUUAAAUUCGUACCAACUAACUAUCUCGAAGCAAUAUGAAAUUCUUUUUUUGGUUUCAUUUAAAAUCAUUCAUUUGAUAACGUCUUACUCAUUUUUACAAACUAGUAGUUUUUUGGUAUUAAACCAUAUAGUGGUUCUAAAUCUUGAACGACACAUAUGUCUAAUAUUCCUUUUGUCGGAUGAAUGACUUCAGUUCGUUUACUUUGUUUAAGUUAAUUAAUCAUAUUAAAAUGAACGAUUACUUUUGAAUGUUUUAAUUACAGUUGUCCUAUACAGAUGGGAUUAAGUAGUAAAAUAUAGAGAUUAUUCCAUCAACUGCUUUAACUUGUGUUCAUUGUAUAAAUAUAAAACAUAUAAUGAACUAGUU